UACCGGUCAAUUUGCGUGUUUUUACCUUUCUUACUUUGCCAAAUCAAGCGAACUAUUCUAGACCCGGUCUAGUAUAGUUUGACCGGUCAAGUAAUUUACACCAUCAUUUUUGGCGCCACCCGUGGGACCGUUAAGGUUUCUUCUCCUAAACACAAACCUACCCACCAAAACACCACUCGAAAUGUCUUCCAACCAACAAAUCAACACUACUUCCGCUCAGGUGCAGGCCACCAACGAGGGAGCCAGCAUCCCUGUGGCUGCUACCAUACCGGUCAUUUCAGCCCCGGUGUUGCCUCUGGGUCUGAGCUCUGUCCCGACGGCCAGCGUGAUCAGUCCCUUCGUGACCCCCGUCCCUUCCGCUGGACCGAGGGUAACGUUCCCACUAAGCAUGGCUCAAUUCAUGAAUGACCCAGCCAACCUACAAGCCAUCCAGGGCUUUGGCCAGGUCAUGGCCAUGUGCCAACAGAACGGGGGGAUGCCUUUCCUCCCUGGUAUGUUCCCAUUCGCCCUUCCAGGCGCGGGGACCAUGCCUCUACAAGCUCCGAUGGCGGUUACGUCGUUCCAGACGCCGAUGCCGCAACCAUCACCUUUCCAGCCCCAGCUGGUCAGCACCAUGGCCCCGGUCAACUUGGCCGGUGCACUUAACGCUGCAGGGCCGUCGCGUCCCCCGCAAGCUACGGAUCCACAGGACACUCCUGAUGGUCAUUGCGUCUCGAUUGAGAGCGAUGACGGCGAGUGGGACAUCCCGAGGGCCCACAAGAAGAAGAAAGGAAAAAACAUCCGGCCAGCGACCUCCCGAAACUCCGCCUUCGAAAGGCUGGGGGAUAGGGAGGAAGGCCAGAGGAAGUCAGCCAAGCAGAGGCUGAGGUUGUGUCGAACACAACUUGAACCCCUCAAAACCCCUCUCUCAGGCUUCACGGGGGACACCGUUGAAGCUGAAGGAUCCAUAGUUCUACUGGUCGAACUAGGAUCAGGUGAAAAGACCGUGUGGAAGAAGAUGCGGUUCAUAGUUGUGGACAUCAAGUGCGUCCACAACGCAAUCCUAGGAAGGCCAGGCAUCAAUAAAGUCGGGGCGAUGAUUUCCAUGCCUCAUCUAUGCAUGAAGUUCCACACUCCAGGUGGUGUGGGUGAGGUGAAGGGCGACCAGAGGAACGCCCGGGAAUGCUAUGCCCGGGCAGUCAAGAAAAUGACCAGGGGGGUCAAUGUCAUCUCCCAAGAGAUCACAAAGGGAGAGACCCGGGAGAAACUGGAACCCGAGGAUGAGACGGUGGAAAUCGAACUUCACCCGAGUGAUUCUUCGAGGAUGGUCAGAAUUGGAGCAAAUCUCCCCGAGGAUCUCAAGGAGCAGAUUACACAGGUCCUCCAAGAAUACGCGGGCAUAUUCGCAUGGAGCGUGGCGGAUAUGCCCGGGAUAGAUCGCUCUGUUAUCUGCCACCGGUUGGCCGUGAGGGAGGGAAGAGAAGUCUUGACUGACCAACCGUUGGGUGCAGUGUUGCGAAAUUCAACAUCCUCCGGGAGGAUGGUGAAGUGGGCGAUGAUGUUAACUCAAUUCCACAUUGAGUACCGGCCGAGGUCGACAAUUAAGGGACAUGCCCUUGCUGAUUUCCUAGUAGAAAUGACCGGUCUAACUCCAGACUUACCGGUCAACAAGCCCACUGAGCAAUGGUGGGAGAUGGCAGUUGAUGGGGCAUCCGGUCCUAGAGGAUACGAGGGUGGUAUCGUGUUCACCACCCCAGAAGGAUUCAAGAUCUACCAUGCAAUCAUCUUCAACUUCAAGCUGACGAACAAUGGGGCAGAAUAUGAAGCUCUGGCUGGAGGGCUCAGACUUGCCCAAGCCCUGAAAAUCAGCCGGGUCAGUAUCAAAUCUGACUCUAGCCUGAUAGUAGGGCAGGUGACCGGUAACAUGGAAGCAAGGGAAGGACGCAUGACACAAUACAAGGACCUUGUACUUGUCCUGUUGAAAGGCUUUGAAAAAUUCAAGAUCGCCCAAAUUCCCCAGGCGGAGAACGCGGAUGCAGACCUUCUCUCCAAAUUGACGCAGUAUGCUCCCGAGCAUGUUUCGAAACUUGUCCGGAUAGAGAUCCUUGACCGUGCAAGCGUCGAGAAAUUGGAAGUCGCCGCUAUAACUGCCGGAAGCCAGUUUGACCGGUCAAACUUGGUCAGGGCGGACGACCAUUGGAUGUAUGAUCUGAUGGAAUAUUUGACGGAUGGGAGCUUGCUAGAACAAGAUGACCGGGCAAGAAAAGUGAAGCUCAGGGUGCCCCGAUUCCAAAUUCUUGAUGGAAAGCUGUAUAAAAGGGCAUUUGGGGGGCGACUCCUGAGAUGUCUGACCAACCGGGAGGCUGAACGAGUCAUAGCGGAAGUCCACGAAGGCGUAUGCGCGGCGCAUCAAAUGUCCCGUACGCUUUCCCAGCGCAUUAUCUUGCUGGGGUAUUACUGGCCAACAAUUGUCCAGGAUUGUGAGAGGCUGCCCAUCGAAGCUGAAUUCCCCACGUUUCGGGAGUCAAAUUAUCAACCCCAGCAGAAUGAGGAAGAUCACUUGGCCGAACUCAACUUGGUCGAAGAGCGGAGAAUGGCCGCGGAAGUCAAAAUGAGCACAUACCAACAAGUUGUGAAGAAGUACCAUGAUAACAAGAGUGGAAUGGAGGAUAUAGCGGAAGACCCGGACUCUCAAAGGAACGGUGUCGAUGGCGGCAGAGCCAAAACAUCAAGAGCAGGCUGCAUGGCCACAUUAGAGAAUCGGAAAAACACUACAGACUUGUGGAACUUCCUGGUCACCAACAUCCUCCAGCCAUGGGACAACACCUGGUAUUCGGAUGGUAUACAGUACCUGGUAGAGGUCGUCCCGGAAGGGUAUGUUGCCGACUCUGGAUCUGUUGUACGGCGACGACGGGCACUUCGAGGUGUAGAUGCUGAGGAAUCCCCGCUCCACUCGGGCAUCUCCGUGCCCAAUCGGCUGCAAUUUGUUCUGCGUGUUCUCGUACCACUCCGUCGGCGUCACCGUCCCCCGCCACGCCACCGCGAUGUCCCUCUGCCCGAUCCGCCGCGUCUCCUCCUCGUCGCUCACGGCCACGAAUCCGAUCCAAUUCGAGUCCUUGCUCCAUCUGUUGACCCGUCGCUGGGGAUUUCUCUGGGAUUGCUUAUCUAAUUUUGGGACUCUAGGUCUGCAGGGGAGAUCGAGGGUGGGGAUGAUCGGAGAAGAUGAAGAACCGUGCGGGAAGAAGAGAGAAAGAUCCGGCAGAUUUGGAGUCCAACAAAAUCCAUAGGCUUUUGGUUGGAUUUGA